CAACACUGCUCAGAUGUAGCACGGAAACAACAAAAAUUCUGCUUGGUCCAAUCUGACACUCUCGUCAAGUUGUUGACAUUGAGUAUGUAUUUUCAUUUCUGCUGUUCUUUUGUUGUGACGAAAAGUGUUGCAAAAAAUAAAUUUGCAUUCCUUUCAUCCUGGUCAUUUCGCAAAAGAUCGAACGUGUGUUAGUCCCCGUUUAGAUUACACUAAAAAGGAAAAGUCAUGGAAGACGAUUUACCGACAGAAUUUGAUUUAAUAGUCAUUGGAACAGGUUUGACGGAAUCUAUCAUAGCAGCGGCUGCGAGUCGUGUUGGAAAAACGGUUCUACAUUUAGAUACUAAUGACUAUUAUGGUGGAUAUUGGGCAUCGUUCAACUUCGAUACCUUUCGCAAGUAUCUUCAGACAGGCAUUUCCACGGAUUGCACUGCAACAGAAUCGAUCAAUAAUAAUUUUCUUCGAUUGAAUUCACUACCAACGGUUAUCCAAAAUGGGCGAGAAAGUUGGUAUAACUUUGCCGAAAACGGAGAUGUGGACGGUUGGAACCGAGAAAAAAUCGAACAGGAGUAUCGCCGAUUUAACAUUGAUCUUGCUCCAAAGUUGCUCUAUGCCCGUGGUGCAAUGGUGGAUCUUUUGAUCUCUUCCAACAUUUGUCGGUACACCGAAUUCCGAGCAUUAGACAGAGUGGCCACCGUGUGGGAUGGACGCAUAAUGACGGUGCCAUGUUCCAGGUCGGAUGUUUUUACCAGCAAAGACGUAAACGUAAUUGAAAAACGGCUACUGAUGAAGUUCCUACAGAGCUGUGCUUCGUACGAAGAAAACGCAGAAGCACAGGAGGACCUGAACGGUAAAACGUUUUUGGAACAUUUGCAAACGCACAAAUUAACACCGAACCUCGUCCACUACGUGUUAUGCGCAAUAGCGAUGGGAAAUGAACGCACACCGUGUCAAGAAGGGGUGGCUGCUGUUAAAAAAUUUCUCAUGAGUCUCGGCCACUAUGGAAACAGUCCGUUUCUAUUUCCCGUGUACGGCUGUGGAGAGAUACCCCAAUGUUUCUGCCGACUGUGUGCCGUCUUUGGAGGAAUCUAUUGUUUAAACAAAACAGUCGAAGGCAUUCAACUAGAAACGAGCGGCGAGGGACGGAAAUACGAAUCGGUGAAAUGUGGUAAACAAAACAUUACAUCGAAAAAUUUGAUCGUUGGUCAAGGGUACUUAUCGCGAACGAUAUUCAACACGAGCACUCCUGCGGAAUGUGCGAAACACAAGCCGUGUGGGAAUUUGGCACGAGCCGUAAUAUUAACAAAUGUGCCUUUCGGUGGCGCAUCUCAGAAUCCUGGAGGUGGCGGGGUGGCAAUUAUGAAGCUUCCGGCUGUGACUGACCGUACGGAUGGUGCUACUGUACUACAGAUGUCGCACACCAGCGGAACCUGUCCCAAAGAUAUUUAUCUUAUUCAUGUGACUACGGCAGCUGUAACUCAAAAUCCGGACGAAGAUCUAAAGCCAUAUAUUGCUCAGAUCCUCAGCAACGAUUACUCGGGACCGGCAGUAACAGCAGAAGAAAAGGAAGAACAGGAAGAAAGGGUGCAACAUGAAAAUACUACUUCAACCAUUCUGUACGAAGCAUACUUUAACAUUCCCAGUUGCCUUGUAUGCACUGAAAAUGCACACGUAUCCAUGCCGGCGGGUGUUCGCCUAGUGUGCGGUCCCUAUCACGAACUAGACUACGAUCAAAGCAUUCAGCAAGCGAAAAAAUGUUUCCAUGAAAUUUAUCCCGAAGAAGACUUUCUUCCUCGUGCUCCGGAUCCCGAAGAAAUUAUCAUUGGCGAAGAGGAACCGGUGCCGGAACAAGAAGAUUCCUUAACAGAAAAUAAUGAACCAGUCGACAAUGCUAGCGAAUGUCGUGAAACGGAAUCUGAAGCAGCAGUUGCCCAGGAAGCAAAGGAAGAUACGAUUGAUAAUGCGGAAGAAUGCACUGAACAAAAACAGUAGCAAGAGACCGUACAUAAAGAUACGGUACGAUAACAACUGCCAACUAUACACAUUCUUUUGACAUAAUAUAAACAACCGAACAGUAGGAAGAAACAGAAUCCUACAGCUUUUUGCACCAGCGCAGAUAUUCGAAAUAAAGGGAGCAUAUAUGCUUAAUGCAAUAUACA